AUGACACUAACUCAUAUGUUAUUAACUCUACUCACUGUGCUCAUUGCUGUCAUUGUUUCAACUCGGCAAGCAACGAUCAAUACAACUGAAAUAUACACCAAAAUUACUACUGAGGAACACUCCAAUUCAUCUGAAACCUACACCAAUACAACCACCGAAUCACACGACGAUGUCAUUACCAAUACUACUGAGGAACAUUCCAAUUCAUCUGAAACCUACGCCAAUACAACCACUGAAUCACACAACAAUGUCGUUACCAAUACUACUGAGGAACAUUCCAAUUCAUCUGAAACCUACACCAAUACAACCACCGAAUCACACAACAAUGUCGUUACCAAUACUACUGAGGAACACUCCAAUUCAUCUGAAACCUACGCCAAUACAACCACUGAAUCACACAACGAUAUCGUUACCAAUACUACUGAGAAAUACGCCAAUUCAUCUGAAACCUACGCCAAUACAACCACUGAAUCACACAACGAUGUCGUUACCAAUACUACUGAGAAAUACGCCAAUUCAUCUGAAACCUACGCCAAUACAACCACCGAAUCACACAACGAUGUCGUUUUGGCACAAGUGAAUUCACGGUUACUACAAAAUCAGUAUACAGAACUUCAGUGUCUGCGAUUGUAUAGUGAAGUGAAUCAGAGAGGUUAUUGGUCUGAUAUGUGCGACAGUAAUGAAGCCCUUUCACCAUUGCAAGUGUGGGAUACAGGAUCGUUAUGCUCACCAGGAUAUCAGCCGUACAGUAAACCAAGCUAUUGGUUGGUAUAUGAGUAA